AUGGAUACCUCUACAACAGCACGACCUGGCAAAGUCAUUAUUAUGGAUGAUAAUCCACAAGUUAUGUGGUCUGCGAGUGGUGAGCCUGUCUACGUGAAAUAUCAAGCCAAGUAUAAGGUGGGCUAUAUAUUGUGCAGUGGGCUUUUCUUUGGUCUUCCUGGUAUUGCCGUGUAUUGCUUCUACAAGUAUAAUCAUGGCAAGAAGAAGGAUGCUCGUUUGCGGCGGGACUUUGAAGCUCGAUAUGCUCCUGGAGCAGUUGCGUAUGUUCAGCCUGAGAUCGCUGACGACUACCCCCCGCCAUUUGUCAGUCAUCGGUCUCUGGAUAGCUUCAUCUACCCAUCUGGAAACAAGAAUACGAAGUCAUGA